CGCAUGUGUGACUCCUGUGGAUCAAUCCUCAGCUCAGUUGGUCCUUCUUUUUGGCAAGACCAUGGCACAAAAGUGGAAGUCUAUCGGGUCAGAAGUCCGAGCCAUCAGAACCUUAUAUAAACACAACUUUGUUCCUAUGAAUCGCACUCACACCUCUCAGCAACACUCGCAGCUCUUCUCUCUACCGAUUUUCAGAUUCUGUGGUACCCAUGGCCCGUGUUGUCCUCUUCGCGUUCUUGCUGGCCACUCUGGUGGCGGCCUCCUGGCUCCCGCUCGCCCAAUGUGCCGAGAGGGUCACUUGCUACAACUCUGGGAAAAAGUUCACACGUGCAAGGAUCAUCAACGCGAUCAACUCAUUCUGCGCAAGCUACAAAGGUCAGACUUUCGCCGACGGCCGAAAGGUGGACCAGCGCUACGACUUCCCGUCUCCCGAGACCGGCCACAUCGACAUCUCGGCCGAGGCGUUCAGGGGGUGCUCGUUCACAAUGGACGAGAACGACUGCGGAAGGCUGCUGCGACGACCCACGGACGAAUGCAACACCGGCGGAGAGAAUGGCAAGCAGGGCGGCUACGUGGAGGACGACUGCAGGAGGUUCAAAAUGGACCCAAAUGCAUAGACUUGGCUCACGUUGGUACAUGAUCAGUAAUUCCAUUGUAGUCUCUGGUACUCAGAUACCUCCUCAUGCAAAUCAUUGUCAGUGAAUUUCGUGUCGAGAGUUGCGUUUAUCCCUCACUUGAUGCCGCCUUCCACCAGCGGAGACUCACAUUGCGAAGACAUAAUAUGAAUAAAGCC